UCCUCCCCCGUUCCCCCCAGCGGGCUGUCACUUAUCUCGCUGCCUACCUCUCCUUCCUGUUUACGCCCUGUGACAAUCGCCCGGCCUGUUUGUUGCCUUGCGGAGCGGCCGAGACGUGUUUAUGAGAGGGACAGAAAGCGGUCAGAGACCCAUCAGGGCAGGAAGCUGUGAGUGUGGUUAGCCGAGCGGAACAGUAUAGGGGAAGCUAUUUUGCCCCUUCUUUUUUUUUGUACAGUGUUUCCUCUGCGUAGUCCCACAGACUAAACCGGAACCAGCUACUGAAGGAGGAGAGUGAAACGACUCUUAAGAACACCAGCGGAGCUUGUCCCCUGGUAUUGAGGUAAAGCUGGGGACAACAUCGAUGCCAUCAUUCCUGCCCCGGGUCCGACCAGGAGACAGGCAGGGUGGUUCCGUGUGAGCGCUCGGGGAGACUUGUCAUGGGCCCCACGAUGGCCGCUUUGGCGGGGGGGGCGCAGCCUGGGAACGGGCCGAGGACAGGUGACGGGAGGCUGUCCUGGCCAGUUUUCCUGCUGACGCUGGCUGCCGUCACCUCGUCCUCGCUCUCGGCCCUGUCCCUGUACCAGCUGGUGGCCCUCAGAGCCGAGGUGGAGGGACUCAAGUCAGAGCUGGGUCGCAGGAGAGAAGAGGGGCGGGAGGCCGAGCACGCGGGCCAGACUGAGAAUGUCAGUAGGAGAAACAGCCAGGAGUCGCUGCACCAACCGGGCCCUCGGCACGCCGUGCCCCCGACGAGGAAGAAAAGGUUUGUGACUGGAUCAGAAACAUCAAUUCAGCCUUGCUUGCAGUUGUUGGCAAACAACAGCCGGAAAACUUUCAGGAAAGAAUAUAACUCUGAGCCACACACGGGUAUCCCCUGGCAGGCCGGUCUGAGGAGAGGCUCGGCCCUGGAGCCCGAUGGCGACAGCAUGCUGGUCAGAGAGGAGGGCUUCUACUUCGUGUACAGUCAGGUCUACUACAUGGACAGCACCUUUGCAAUGGGUCACGUGGUGAUCCGGAGGAAGGGGAACGUGGUGGGAGACGAGCCACAGUAUGUGAUCUUGUUCCGCUGCAUCCAGAACAUGAACCCUAUCCACCCUUACAACACCUGCUACACAGGAGGUAUUGUGAAGCUGGAGGUCGGGGACCACGUGGAGCUGCUGAUCCCUCGGUCCACAGCCAACGUGUCCCUGUACGGAGACACCACCUUCCUGGGGGCUGUCAAAUUGGCUUAAAAUGUGUCACCCGAUUUGGGACCGGAGGAACACUGCGGUGGUGAGGGGAAGAGGUGCCACGAAGGGAGCAACGCGGCGCGGGGGCUGGUGACCUCGUCUGACUUUGGCUGACGUGAAUCUGCGAGGUGAGAAGAAUACAGAAAGCAGCCCUUUCUGUUCCGGCUGAGCGAGAGACUGAGUGGGAGGGACUCAGGCUGCGCCGCCUGAGGGCUCAACGAAGGGGACGAUCAGUCGAUGACACAGCGUUUACUCUUAAAACAGAUGCACCUUAUACAUGUAGCUACUAGCUGUACUAUGCUCAUUUGUAAAAUUUUAGAAUCAAGUACUUUAUCUUCAAAUAAUCCCUGAGACGUGACUUUGUUCCUUACUUGUAAGAGGUGUGACUUGUGCGUCAUUCUCAUACUGCAUUGAUACAUAAUCUUUCCUCUUGUAACAUUCCUGAAGGUUUUACAUAUUUUUUAGAUAUUCAGACACACCUGUAUCAUCUGAUAGCCAUCAUUUGAUUUCACUUCAUUAAAUUCAAAUGCAAAAAAGUGACAGUUCUUUGCAAAAUGUUUGACUGGAAUCUGGGUUGGAGGUUGCUGCUCAUCUGUUGGCCGCGAGAAGGAGGAGAGGUUUCCGUGUGACAGACCAUCCUGCCAGGCAGCAGAGAGCCAAGGCUGAGCAGGAACACUGGGACUCAGGUAAAGGUGGCUAUUUUUAGAUUGAGGCGAGGCUGUACCGGCAGAUGAUGUGUGCACGUUCAAAGGGGCUCCUGCUCAAUGCGUUUGUAACGACAUGAUGAUGUGUUCUCAAUGGAUGGCUGUUUUUGCUGUUUUUACACCUCGGAUUUAGACCCAUUUUGACCGAUAGUUUUCCGAACUAAACAUUCUGUGAAAAUGAAAAUGUAAAGAAGGGCAGGGUUGUAAUAUGUUAUUUUUAAUGGCUUUUCAGAACAACAUCAUGUUAUUAUUUUGUACCGUUCUGCCAAAAAAAAUGAUCUGAGCAAAUGUUUAUUAAAAACUGAACAAUAUGAUUCACACAGAGUACAGCUUCCUAAUAAAUAAAUAAAAACACAACAGUGGGACAC